CAGAGCGCGCCGCGCCCUCGGUCCCGGGCCCCGGGCCCCUGCCAUGCGGAGGAACGGCCGUACGACCCGCUCGGCCCCCAACGCCCCUGCAGCGGCCGCCUCUGCUCUGGCCGCCAUGGGACCCACUGAUCUCCCAGCCUUGACUCUGCCCACUCGGACCACAGAUGAGUUGGACAUCAUUGAUGAAUACAUCAAAGAGAAUGGCUUCCGUCUGGAGUGGGCCUCUUCUGGGGAGGGAGGCCUCCGGCUGGUCCCUCGGGCCCCAGCCUCCCUGAGCACUGUGACCCUGGGGUGCCCACCUCCCCCACCCCCACUCCCCCCAGCCUGGCCCGGCCCCCGGCCCCACCUGGUCAUCACAGAGCAGCCCAAGCAGCGGGGGAUGCGCUUCCGCUAUGAGUGCGAGGGCCGCUCUGCAGGGAGCAUCCUUGGAGAAAGCAGCACAGAGGCCAGCAAGACCCUGCCGGCUAUCGAGCUCCGGGACUGCACAGGCAUCCGGGAGGUGGAGGUCACGGCCUGCCUGGUAUGGAAGGACUGGCCCCACCGAGUUCACCCCCAUGGCCUCGUGGGCAAGGACUGUGCCGACGGCGUCUGCCGGGUCCGGCUGCGGCCUCACAUCAGCCCCCGACACAGUUUCAACAACUUAGGGAUUCAGUGUGUCCGCAAGCGGGAGAUUGAAGCUGCCAUUGAAAGGAAAAUUCAACUCGGAAUCGACCCGUACAAUGCUGGUUCCCUUAAGAACCAUCAGGAAGUGGACAUGAAUGUUGUAAGGAUCUGUUUCCUGGCCUCCUACCGAGAUGCCCAGGGCCAGCUCAGGAGGCUGGAACCCGUGCUCUCUGACCCCGUUUAUGACAAGAAGUCAACAAACACAUCAGAGCUUAGAAUCUGCCGAAUCAACAAGGAGAGUGGCCCCUGCACAGGAGGAGAGGAAUUAUACCUGCUAUGUGACAAGGUGCAGAAAGAGGACAUCUCCGUGGUGUUCAGCACAGACUCCUGGGAAGGCCGGGCUGACUUCUCCCAGGCUGAUGUGCACAGGCAGAUCGCCAUAGUGUUCAAAACUCCGCCUUAUGAGGACUUGUCCAUCCCUGAGCCAGUUACUGUCAAUGUAUACUUACAGCGACUUACGGACGGGGUGUGCAGUGAGCCCCUGCCCUUCACAUAUCUGCCCCUUGACCACGACAGCUAUGGUGUGGACAAGAAGAGAAAACGAGGGAUGCCAGAUGUCCUGGGAGAGCUGAGCAGCUCAGACCCCCAUGGCAUUGAGAGCAAACGUCGAAAAAAGAAGCUGGGCUAUUUGGACCAUUUCAGCCCCACGUCAAGUGCUGCUCUCCCUUUCCUCCCACCAGCCUCUCUGAUGCCUGAGCCAGAUUUCUUGCCACCUGUGACACUGCCUGGCCUGGAGCCCCCUGGUGGGCCUGAUCCUCUGGAUGACUAUGGUUUUCCCUAUGAGCAGUCUUCACACAUCUUCACCAUGUUGGACCUGUUCUCUGGGCCUGGUGUGGGGAGCAGCUCAGAUGGGGGUGCCCCCCCAGAAGCCCACAGCCCAGAGCUGCUAACCCUGGACUCGUACCCUGCCUCAGGCUACGAGGGCACCGCAAGCCUGGUGGGCAGCAACAUGUUUCCCAACCAGUACCGGGAGGGGGCUUUUGGGGGGGGUGGCCUCCUCCCCCCAGGGCCUGAGGCCACAUAGCAGUCAGUCCUGGGGUGACCUCCCAGCUCUCCCUAGGGGCUGGCGGCUCCUCCUCUUCUCCCAGACUCUCUAGAUGGUGGGGCUCCUAUGCCCCACGUUCACUUGGUGGAAACCUCAGGGGAGUCACAAGCUUUGGACAUGAGGCUGCCCUCAAGUGGAUGUUGUCCCUACCAACAGCCCUAGGUGGCCUUGUUCCACCUCCCACCUGGACUGACCUGGGGUUCCUCACCUCUCCUAAGUCACUUAGUGGUGAAGAAGCUGCCAGAAGCAGGCACGUCCUCUCCAGAAGGGCUCAUACCUAGACUGGGGAUCUGCUUGGGUUGGACUCACUGCUAGCACAGGCCACCGAGUCCUUCCCCUUGGCCCAGAGCAAUGGCCCAUUCUUCCCUUAGCACAAGACAUCAGCGAGCCACUCUUGUCCCACCUCAGCUGUGUCCUUUGUCUCUCCUGGAUCCAGGAUGAUCGCCCCACUCAGGUCAGGCAUUUGAGCCCUCUCCCAUUGCCCGGUCAAGUCAACUCAAUGUUUUUUAAGUGCCUACUAUGUGUAAGACAUUGGGUGGUAUAAAGCUAGGCCACCCAGCCCUAUGCCCUUAGGACAAUGCAAGCCCUUUGCACAUUAACCCAGGCCCACUGAUUUUGUCUAAGGAUCUGUCUGCCUGUGCCUAGGCUGCUGAGCCCUCUCUCCUGGGCUCUUUCAAGUGGGUGCACCUCCAUCUUUAACCCAUUAGUGUAGGCGGAUGAAGAGGUCAGGCACCUCAUUCCACCUCUUCCCCACUCAAACACCCAGGGAGAGGUAGAGGAGAGCUGCAUGGGGGAGGCGGGCUAGGCCUGGACUUUAGGAACAGGGGCUGAACCUCUUGCCUUCCCUCCCUUCCAAAUAAAAAUGUGUGACUUUGCUUCUGG